ACAUGGCGGAAGCCUUUAGGUUUAUAACGUGUCGACAUGUGUAAAGCUUACUUUAUUCAAUCAUUCUUUCGAGUUGAGUAGUAUAUUAAACUAUGCGUAGUAGCAAACUAAAUAAGAAAAGUAAUAUUGUUAUUGUGUUUGUGCUUUAAUAUGUGCAGUUUUUUUGUCAUUAUAGGAUAAGCUGUGCACAUCAUAAAUUUAUGAAGAUAGGAGGUUGUAUGAGAAUAUUAAAAACUUAAGUCAAAAGUGCAGGAAAAUAUAAAAAAUGAACUAAGUAUCUCUAGAUUUAUUUAAAAAUUUUAACUGGAGUAUGCACUUUUUUUUACGAAGUAUAUAUAACAUUUUUCUGUUUAUGAAUGCUAAAGAAUGCCACCAAAACAGAGGAAAAUAGCUAUUAUGGGAUAUAGAUCAGUAGGCAAGUCAUCAUUAAGCAUACAAUUUGUCGAGGGACAAUUUGUGGACUCAUAUGACCCUACGAUAGAAAAUACAUUUACCAAAAGUACACGAGUAAAUAGCCAAGAUUAUGAGGUUAAACUAGUGGAUACUGCAGGUCAAGAUGAAUAUAGCAUAUUUCCAACUCAAUAUUCAAUGGAUAUCCAUGGUUAUGUUUUGGUGUAUAGUAUAACUAGUGCAAAAAGUUUUGAAGUUGUAAAAAUUAUUUAUGAAAAGCUACUUGAUAUUACAGGAAAAGUCCAUGUUCCAAUUGUACUGGUUGGCAAUAAAACUGAUUUGUAUGUAGACAGAAUGAUAACAACUGCACAAGGUAAACAGUUAGCAGAUGCUUGGCAUGCAGCAUUCUUAGAAACCAGUGCAAAACAAAAUGAGUCUGUUGCUGAUAUUUUUCACACAUUAUUGAUUGAAAUUGAAAAGGCUGAUGGAAAUGUACAAGAAAAAUCAAGUUGUGUUAUUUCUUGAGCCAGGUAGCUAGCUAGAUUUAUCGCUGUAGUAUAACAUUAACGUAUUAAACUUAUUAAAAUGCAUUUUCAUAGACUUGUUAAUCAUAAAUUAAAAUAUCAAGUAUAUGAUGAUGCAUUUAACAUGAUCAUCAUUUCUUAUGUGCUGUAUGAAUAGAACACACUAAGAAAUUAUCUAUUUUUAAAAUGACAUGUUACACAUACAUCAGAAUAUGUACAAAGAAAUUAAUUUGAUCGAUCAUAGUUUAUCAUUUAGUUCUAAUUCUUGAUGAUCAGAUCUUCAGUUUCAAAUAAUAAGUAAUUAAUAAUCAUGCAAAGUAAUAUGUUCAGUUGUAUUUUACUUUUUAUGUAUUAGUAUAAUCUCUUACAAUAACUAUAAUGCACAUGUUAUUAAAAAAAAAAAAAAAGAAAAGAAAAGAAAAAAAUAUGAAUAAAUGAAAUAUUUAUUUAAUAGACAUUCAUAAAGAAACGAAAUGUUCUGACCAAAUUCUCUAUAAGUGUUCUUUUUAAAAAAAAAAGUAAUGAUUUUUUCUUUGUUUUACACAGUAAUGUAUUAAUAAAUUUUCAAAUAAUUUUACUUUGGCCAUAAAAAAAUUUAUUAAAAUUUGACUAGCAAAAUAGUCAAAAUUUUAUCAGUCAAUUUUAAUUAUUGACUUAUUUACCAAAUUAAUUGUAAUUAUGGGUAUAUGUAAUAAUAUAUAUCCAUAAUUUGUAAUUAUGUACAUUUAUUGGCCGUAAGUGUUCCUACAAUAUAAGAUUCUUGCUAGAAUGGAGUAUUGUAUACAUGAUUGCAAUUUUCUUUUCGAAAUUCAUACUAGACAUAAAUUAUUCUUAGUUCUACAUACUUGAUUUCAUAUUGAAGUGCUAUAUCGAUAUCAGUGCUUUAUUAAGUUGGAUUGUAAAUUAUAUUGUCAAAUAUAUUUGUGAUUUUUAUAGAAUCCUCCUCCAUAAUAUAGGUAAAUAGCUAUAUUACAUAGUAAUUCAAUACAUAUUAAUUGCGCAGCACUAUUAAUGGAUUUAAUAUAUGUGUACUAUACAUGCUAAUUUCAUGAUAUAUCAAAAAUAAACAUUCUUAAAUAGUUUUA